AUAAAACUUGUUAUGUGUUUAGACAGAGGCAGACAAGAUGGCCACUUUUUCUUUUAUCGUUAUUGUUUUACUGGCAUCAGAUAUGACACAGGGAGCACCUUCCAGUAACAGUGGAAACAAUCAGGACCAGGAAAUCACCGAAAUUAAGAAGAUGAUGACGUCACAGGCAGAUAUGUUACAGGAGUAUGGGAGACGAAUAAACUUACUUGAAAAAGAAAAUCAUGAUCUUGUUAAACAAACGGAGAAGUUACAGACCGCCAAUGCUGUCAUGGAAACUAGAUUGGGUCAGUUAGAGCAAAUGAACUUUGACAUUUGCCAUGAUGAGGAUGCUUUCGUCACAACCGCUCAGUUGACAGAGGAAGACAAAGGUCAACUGCAUUCAUCGAGAUUUCAAGACCAAGCUGUUCCACAAGCAGACGAUAAACUAUCACGGAUAAGGAAAGUGGCUAAUGAGGAUAACCACACCGCCGUUGGAUUUUACGCUAGACUCUCCCCCCAUACUUUGCAACUUGGAGAGCAUCAGACUCUUGAGUUUGACCACGUUGUAACGAACGUCGGGAACGGAUACGACUCCCGACACGGACACUUCACGGCUCCUGUCGCCGGUCUGUUUUCAUUCACCUCUACCGUACUACUUUCAAGUUCCAACAACCAUCUUAUGCAGCUUAACAUAGUAAAAAACGGAGUAGACAUUGGACAUUUGUUUUCAUAUUCGGCGUUAGAUAAAGGUACCAGAACGGUUGUGCUACAAUUAUCUGUUGGAGACAUGGUCUGGGUCAGAAACCGCGACAAUAACUCGCCUGAAAUUUUUGGUUUGGGCUAUACCACGUUUUCUGGAUUCCUCAUCACACCUCUUGGUCAGAGUUAGUAGUGUAGCACUAAAGUUUGUAUAAACCAAUCAUAUACUGAAUAAAAGGUG